AUGUACGGCAGAACCCAGUGCUCUGACGCAAGCUUCAGGUCCACUGGCUGGCUAAAGUCUUUAACAGAAAACUUCUCCACACUGACAAAGUAUUCGGUCAACACUUCUUUGGGUGGAUGGUUAAUUUCUGGUGGCCUAUCAAGUUUGGAGUUUGCUGUGAAUGCAUUAACAUCUUGUGCGAACGGCUCCGUAGUGAAGAGGUCUGAAUACAAGCCCAUAAAAGAGCCGAAAUCUGGCGGAGAAGGAGACUCGCCAGAAUCGUUCGAUCGAGACAUCGGCGUCGGUUUAUCGACCAUUUUCAAUUGUCCUGCUUCUGGUACAGCAGAUGGAACAUUUGUCUGCACUUGGUCACCACAUUUACUACUUCCCGAAACGGUAGGCGUGAGCAACGAAUCUAAAGGAGAGGCUUUUUUGGACCUGGACGACCCGUUCAGGCUUUUUUCGUCGUCGUUCAAGGACGAAGGUGGAGAUAGUGGCCACUGGUUUUUUGAUGACACCUCAGGUGACGUUGGCUCGAACACAGAUUUGUUGGACACCGGCAACAGAACAGGAAAUUCCUCCGUACUUGUAGCUUUUAAUAAUAUGACCAACCCACUUGUUACUCAUUCCGGGGACGAAUCGCCCUUCGUGAACCCUCCAGGACCCCAGCUGCCUCCUAAGGCCCCAGACCUGUUCUCUCUCAAGGGAAAGGUUUGCGUGAUUACCGGAGCAGGCAGAGGAAUCGGAUACACGGUUGCUGAAGGGUUUGCACAAGCGGGCGCAAACGUGGCCUUUUGGGACCUCGCGGCACCCGUCAAGGCGGCAGCCAAGGUGGCAGAAGAGAACGGUGUCGAAACCAAAGCUUACGGAUGCGACGUUUCUGAUGCCGACAAGGUCGAUGAGACAAUUCUACAGAUCGUCAAGGACUUUGGCACUAUUGACGUGUUUGUUGCAAAUGCAGGAGUCAACCUCCUUUCCGGGUCGAUCAUUAAUGAGAUGAACAGAGACGGUCUGAAAUGGAAGAGAAUCAUGGACAUCAAUCUGAACGGACUGUUUUACUGCGCUAGGGGCGUUGGAAGAGUGUUUGAACAAAGAGGCAAAGGAUCCUUGAUCUUUACUGGCUCUAUGUCAGGACACAUUGUCAACACUCCAAUUAACCAUUCCGCUUACAACACCAGUAAAGCAGCAGUCAUACACUUGGCCAAGUGCCUGGCUGUGGAGUUCAAAGAGUUUGCAAGAGUUAAUUCUGUGUCCCCAGGAUACAUCGACUCUGGUAUCAACGACUACGUGGACCCUGCAAUCCGCAAGCGCUGGCUUGAAGAGAUCCCAUUGGCCAGAGAAGGCCAACUCAAAGAGAUUGUCGGGGCUUACCUGUUUUUCGCCUCGGACGCCUCUACAUAUGCGACAGGAUCCGAUUUGGUUGUAGAUGGAGGAUAUACGAUUAGCCUUGUUGUUGGUUGUAACUUUACAAUGACCAGACCAAACUAUUUGCCUAACCCUUCUUUACAAACUAACGAGCACCACGAUCUCGAAAUGGUGGAGGCCAAAGUUGGCACUCCCGGCCCAGGCGAGGUUGUUUUGCACCUGAGAGCAACCGGUAUCUGUGGUUCUGAUGUGCAUUACUGGAAACACGGUCAAAUCGGAGAACUCAAGGUCAAGGGCCAAUGUAUUCUCGGUCACGAAGCUGCUGGAGAAGUUGUUGAACUUGGACCUGGUGUCACCGAGCUGGCAAUUGGCGAUCGAGUGGCUAUCGAGCCACAAAACCCUUGUGGUGAAUGUUUCCUGUGUUUGCAAGGAGACUACAACUUGUGUCAGGAGGUUGACUUUUUGUCUGUGUGGCCAUGUCACGGAACCAUGCAGAGAUACAGAACUGCUAAGGUCAAGACUUUAUUUAAGCUUCCUGACAACAUGACUUACGAAGAAGGCGCUCUUUGCGAGCCUUUGAGUGUUGCUUACCACGGAAUCGAGAACGCCCAACUGGAGCUUGGUAGAGGUGCCAUGAUCUGCGGUGCAGGUCCUAUUGGAUUGGCUACUCUUGUGCUUGCUAAUGCAACAGGAGCUACUCCACUAGCCAUUUCAGACUUGUCUGCUGAAAGACUGGCCUUCGCCAAGAAGAUCGUUCCAAGAGUCAAGACCUACCAAAUCGACCUGAAGAAGACUCCUAAAGAAAACGCUGCCGAAAUCCGUAAGCUGUUUGGUCCAAAAGAGGUGGAUGCUCCUCCAAAGGUUCUGGAGUGUACCGGUGUUGAGACCAGUAUCGUCACCGGUGCUCACGUUGUCAGAAGAAGCGGAACUUUGAUGGUGAUCGGUGUUGGAAGAGAAAUCAUCAACAACUUCCCAUUCAUGCAUUUAUCCUUCGGUGAAGUGGACGUCAAGUUCAUCAACAGAUACCACCAAUCUUGGCCGGCCGUUAUCAGACUGAUCAGCGACGGAAUUGUCGACGUGAAGAGUUUUGUCACCCACAGAUUCCCUCUUGAGAAGGCCGCCGAGGCCAUCACAUUGUCGAGCGACCCUAAGAACGGUAGUAUCAAGGUGAUUAUCGAGGACAAACUAUGA